UCAGUGAGGUGGGUGGGUAGAGGCAGCCAGGCCAGGCACCGUCAGUCAGAGAGCGGAGUCCUGUAGGACAAGAGCACUCUUCUGACACCGCCGCUGUCUCCUCCUCCUUCUUUCCCUGAGUCCUUGAUACCUGAAGCUGGAGGUCUCAACACAAUAUCCUGAAGCAACACGAGUCACACGUGGUGAUACUGUGCGACGCAUUCCUUGUGGUGACUAAUGACUGUUCGCUUCUAGUGCGUAAUACAUCAUUGCCCUGCGCUUCAUUCCAUAAAAUAAAAGAAGUUAUCUAUGCGCAUUUGUGAAAGUUUUACAUUUUCAUCGAGUGGGGCAGUUUUCAUAUUAAAUAUUAUGGAGUGAAAUAGCAAAAGGACGAAUUCUGUGUUGUGUAUCAUCGUCCUGAGCUUACCGUCAUGGAGUUACCACAAGGAAGACAGGCUCACUGAGGUGCAGUCUAAAAGAGGAUCCCUGAAGUGAAGGUUCUAACAGGAUCCCUGAGGUGCAGGUUCUAACAGAGGAUUCCUGAAGUGCAGGUUCUAACAGAGGAUCCUUGAAGUGCAGGUUCUAACAGGAUCCUUGAAGUGCAAGUCCUAACAGAGGAUCCCUGAAGUGCAGGUUCUAACAGGAUCUCUGAAGUGCAGUUUCAAACAGAGGAUCACUGAUGGGCAGGUUCUAACAGAGGAUCCUUGAAGUGCAGGUUCUAAGAGGAUCCCUGAGGUGCAGGUUCUAACAGGAUCCCUGAGGUGCAGUUUCUAACAGAGGAUCACUGAGGUGCAGUCUCUAACAGGAUCCCAGAGGUGCAGUCUCUAACAGGAUCCAUGAGGUGCAGUUUCUAACAGAGGAUCACUGAGAUGCAGUCUCCAGCAGAAGAUCACUGAAGUGCAGUCUCCAGCAGAGGAUCACUGAGGUGCAGUCUCCAGCAGAAGAUCACUGAAGUGCAGUCUCCAGCAGAGGAUCACUGAAGUGCAGUCUCCAGCAGAGAAUCACUGUGGUCCAGUCUCAAACAGGUUCCUCCAGCUAACAACCAGCGUCUUCCCUGAUGCUCGGGAGUGACUUUCUCAGCUGCACCUUGACGAUCAAAGCAGAUGUCCGGUAUGCCAGGAGCUGCUCCCUCGGUCAUCCUGCCCCGACCCGACCUUACCCUGCACCACGCUCCGCCCUCGCCCCACUGCCGAGACCCGAUUCCAGUCCGGCACCGGGUUUCGGCCUCGGCCCGGUACAGAAACCGACAUUCCACCCUGCACCACGAACUCUCUUUAACACCCGCGCCCGUCUACACCCGCUCGUCGCUCAAGUCUGUUCCCGAGGAGCACCUGAGUGCUCAGUAUCGCUGGAGUGCACCCUGCCAGACGUCCUUCACUCUACCUGAUCACCAAGUGUCGUGUCUCACCGAGGAGACACCUCGAUCUGCUACGAUGUCCUCGAAACGACACAGUUCCCUUCGCUCUCGAACGUCGUCUUCGCUACGGAGCUCCAUACGUCGAGUGGGACCGCUGUACCGGACGGCCAGCAGCCACGUGGGGACUGCGCAGGUAUCUGCGCGGCGGUGGGCGGCAGCCCUAAGAAAGCGGAUGAUAGGGGUGGGCGGAGUCCCUCUACUGACACCCGCCCGCCCUCGCCGCCGACCUGUGGUAGUAAGAACACGCGGGCGGCCGCCCCUCAAGCCAGCCAGGAAUAGCCCCCGGGUUCGGGCGGCCCGCAGGACGGCGUUUGCAGCCCACAUGGUACAGUGGGAAGCAGCCAGUGGGCUAGCGGCCUUGUUAGAGUGCGGAGCGUCGGCGGGUAGUGCGUUGGUUGCGGGCGUGGUGCGGGCGUGUGCUGCGGCGGUCGCCAUGGCUGACGACAGGCUGCAGCAGCUGCGUCGCUCCAUCAGCUCCUGGAGUCUCUCUACCUUCAAAAAACCCAAGAUCUCCAUCCCUAAGCUCAAGACGCCCAAAUUCAAAGUCUUCGGUGGCCGCAAAAAAAACAGAGUUGACCCUAAGGAUGAGGCGGCAGCGACGGAGGAGGUUAAGGCAGCUCUACUGAAGAUGGAGGACACUGGAGAGGGAGGAGAACUAGGACAAGAAACUGUAGGAGUAAGUGGGGAAGUGAACCAAGAACCUCCAGUCAAGGAAGGAGUUAUGGAUUUGCCUACCAUCAUCCUAACAGUAGACGACUCCAGCAGCGGUACACUGGAAUACCCAGCCCCGCCUCCUAGCCCUGGCCUCCUCUGCGCCACCGAUGACAUUGAAUUUAUCGAUUCCGAUGUUGAAGAGACUGAAGACUGCGUUGUCGAAGCUGUUCUCCCCGACGUCGACUACAGUGACCAGUGGUUCGACGCCCGUGGAACACUCACUCGUUCCAAGGAGGAUAUUGCUCGUAUUAUCGACGACAACGACGAGUACCGCAUUAGUAAAUACUACGACGUUUCUGAUGACACUGCGGCGCCACAAGUCAACGGUACGGAGUCUGCCGAGGUAUAUGAAGACGGCAAAGAAAGGAAGGGGUCACUUAAGGCUCGUGAGUGGGUAAAGAGCUUCAGUGGGGACGCUGAGUCACGUGUACAACGCUGGAUGAAGAUGAAAAAUACUAAAGAUACCUCGAGUCUUCCAAAGAGCAAAUCCGAAAUUCGUCUUGAUGGAAUAGAAGAACCAAAAGAAAAGUGGUCAGGCAGAGACGAGAUUCAGCUUAACGCCACAGGUGAAGACGAAGCCUACGCAACUUUUCUUCGUAAAGAAUACAACGCAAAUGUGAAAUUGAAAGAGAACGAGCGACAACAAUCUUCGGAAAAGGGGCAGGUGGCUCGUAAAGAAAAUCUUAAGAAAAUAUUCAAAAUAAAAGGAAUGUUUUCCAUUAAACCUAUCGUAGACUCGCAGCAACCAACAUACACAGACACGGAUAUUCACAUAGCUUCAGCACCUUACGCCCUGGUAAAUACUUCAGACAACAGACAGCCAGACAGCGACUCUCUUGAUGUUUCUGAAGAAGGCAUCCACUGUACCUCUAUUGAUCUUGAUCCCGAAACAGAGGAGAAUCUCGUCUCCCACAACAUUCCUCAAGACAACAUUAACACUGAAAAACUGUCACCAAACACUGAAGAGGAGCUAUUACCAAACACAAAAGAAGAGAACAACAAAGAAAUUAAAGUAACUCUAAUAUGUGAACCAACAAGUAUCCCAAAUAUUGUCAUAGAUUCUCCAGGGGUAACAGAAAGAGACGUGCUAUUUCCUAAACAUCAGCUCAGAAAGGAGUCAGAACAUGUCCCUGUUAUACAGUCAGAUGUCUCAACAAAGCAGGUCACGACAGGGGCUGAUGACAAUUCUAUACUUAAUGAUGUAACCUGGGCUGCAAGCGAGGACAGUUCCAGAAAAGCAGAAACAUGUUACCAAGAACAAGAGCAAAAGAAAGCGAAAACAGUAAAAGAUUCAGACGCAGAAGAGCCAGUUGAAGGUACUGAUCCACAAGCAAUUAGGGAUGAAUCUAACACCAAGAUACCUGAAGCAAACAAAACAUUAAACACCACUUCAUUGCCUAUGUUAGAAGAAAAGAGAAAGACAACUGAAGCUUUUGCUGAGCUAUCGAGUACCGAGAAAGACUCAUUGUUGGGUUCAGCAAAAUCUGAAUCCACCGAAUCCACAAAAAGAAAGAUUUCCGGAGCUACCAUCCCUAAAUCCAUAAAAAAUUUUGCUGGUUCCUUGUUUACCCAGCAAGGAAGUGGAAAAGCAAAGAACGACACUGGAGAAGAGAAAGAAAAGAAGAAAAAGAAAAAGAAAGAACGGAUAAGUCCAUUUAACAAAGAUUACCUUCUCAAAGGCACUAUUAAAGCCAAUCCAGAAGAGGUAAAGAAGGAUAAAAAAUCACAAGUGAACACAGAUGAAAUUGUAGGAAGUAAAAUCGAGCAGCACUCUACUCCAAAGAAUACCAAUCCAUUCAUGGACGACGACGGGAAUCCAUUUGCGGAUGAAGACACAGAAGAACCAGAGACUAGACACAGAGACGACGAGCCUAGUGUUACCAUAACAGAAGCUUUGCCCGAUCUUCAACCCUCAACUGAGACAACUGGUAUUAUAACACCUAAACGGGAGUCCCCAGACAGCCUCGAGUAUAUAUCCGUCAUUGAGUCUGAUGAUCCAAAAAAUAUUUCUCACGAAUCAUCGCCAGGUUACGGAACCUCGUUCGUGGAAGAGGAAGGCCUAAGGCUACGACAAGAUGCACUGCUUGCAAUCAAGUCGAUGAACAACGACGAUGCGUCUACACAUUAUUACAGUUUCCUCAGCGCUACUGAUGACUAUCACACCCCUACGAGAGAAAUAGAACAGAGAGAACAAACUCCUGUACAAACAAUAUUUUAUAAAGAAUCUUCUCCUGCUGAUGAUUCUCGGGAAGAAAAUACUCAGGAACCAAUACAUGACGCAAAAGCAACAGAAUUAACUCCCGCUGAGUCUCAUCUAAUUGAAAAAACAGUACCAGUCGAAGAGCAUAAGCCAGACAUAAAGCCAAGAGAAUCUUUGAAGAAAAGGCUACGUGUUGAAAACAAAGACAGUGUUGAAAAUAAAGAUUUGAAUUCAUUUGCCGAUGACAAUGGUUCCCAACAAGAGACGUCUGUUAUUCCUCUCUCAACGGUAAGUCGUAGCUCACUGGAAGCAGCGCAAAAAACGAUGUCGCUAAGGCAGAAUGAUCCUGUUCCUACAGAAGUGCCAAAUUCGCAGCCUAAGUUCCCUCUCUCUGAGAGCACACAAGAGCCUCCUAAGCCCAGCCCAAGGAACAAGAAGGGAAGGUACGGAUACUCCACAGGCGGGACCACUCUCACAACUACUACUCCACCUGUUUCAACAACAAGCAAUAAUGAAUGCUCAGCAACACAUGGAACCCCAGAGAUUUUAAGCAAAAAUGAAAUGAAUGUUACAACAACCAUUAACAACGCUCAAAUAUCCACCUUCCCUCGAAGCAGUGGGUCGUGUAAGAGAGUUCCUGUCGUUCAGCCAGUGAGAGAUUCUUCAGAUUCUGGGUACGUUGGCCCAGGGUGCACCUACUAUCAGGGUACCAACUCAGAACCAAUCUACUGGGAAAUCAGUGAGACGAAGGGGGCGCCACCGAGGCCCAGCCCUCGAGCCAAGAAAGGCCAGCGAACGCCUAGCGAUCAUUCCUUGAAUCAUACUAUGGCUCCCUCGCCGCCGUCCCUCAGCGUCACACCAAGGAACAGCCCAGUACCAGAGCCUCUUACAAUACCUGAGUGGAUAAACCACCGGGCACCUAUUCCUAGUCCUCGAAGCAGGGAACACAGCGGUCGCUCAGACCUCGACGUGGUUCCACGUGACACAAUGGAGGCAGUAAAAAAAAACUUCAGAUGCUGUCCUGAGCUCUCCAAGAUUCCUGCCCUCCGCCCUAUGCCACCGGAAGCAGUAGAGGAGAACUAAUUUUACAGUGGUAAAGCUGCCUCGAAUCUACGGUUCACACAGUCCCUGCGGUGCCCGCCAUCGCCGCCAUGGAGGCAGUAAAAAAAUUCGUGCCAAGAGUCUCUUCCGGCAGCGAUGGCGCGCUUGGCCACUGUGGAGGCAACAGAGCGAAGAACAUUCCAGGGGAGCGCCUAUAUCAACUCGGUGAGCGAGCAAGUCCGCUGGACCCCCCAGCAUCCCAGCACCCUCAGCAGGGCUGGCGUCAGUUUGCUGGUCAAGAUGCAGGACUGUGUCCAGAUGCUACUCUUUGUCAAGUGA